ACAGGGGUCCUUGUGUGUUGUUCCAGCCCAGGAUGGCAGCCCAGGUGACUCUGGAGGACGCGCUGUCCAACGUGGACCUCCUGGAGGAGCUGCCCCUGCCCGACCAGCAGCCCUGCAUCGAGCCCCCGCCAUCCUCGCUGCUCUACCAGCCAAAUUUCAACACUAACUUUGAAGACAGAAAUGCAUUUGUUACUGGCAUCGCAAGAUACAUCGAGCAAGCCACCGUCCACUCUAGCAUGAACGAGAUGCUGGAGGAGGGCCAGGAAUAUGCUGUCAUGCUGUACACCUGGAGGAGCUGCUCCCGGGCCAUCCCGCAGGUGAAAUGUAACGAGCAGCCUAACAGAGUGGAAAUUUACGAGAAAACCGUGGAGGUUCUGGAGCCUGAGGUCACAAAACUGAUGAAUUUUAUGUACUUCCAGAGGAACGCCAUUGAGCGUUUCUGCGGGGAGGUGAGGCGCCUGUGCCACGCCGAGAGGAGGAAGGACUUUGUGUCUGAAGCCUACCUGAUCACACUGGGCAAGUUCAUCAACAUGUUCGCUGUGCUGGACGAGCUGAAGAACAUGAAGUGCAGUGUGAAGAACGACCACUCAGCAUACAAGAGGGCCGCUCAGUUUUUACGUAAAAUGGCAGAUCCACAGUCCAUCCAGGAAUCGCAGAAUCUGUCCAUGUUCCUGGCCAAUCACAACAAGAUCACACAGUCUCUGCAGCAGCAGCUCGAAGUGAUUUCUGGCUACGAAGAGCUCCUGGCAGACAUCGUGAAUCUGUGUGUGGAUUACUACGAGAACAGGAUGUAUUUGACGCCCAGUGAGAAACACAUGCUUCUCAAAGUCAUGGGAUUUGGUCUGUACCUGAUGGAUGGGAGUGUCAGUAACAUCUAUAAGUUAGAUGCCAAGAAAAGAAUAAACUUAUCCAAAAUUGACAAGUACUUCAAGCAGCUCCAGGUGGUUCCGCUAUUUGGGGACAUGCAAAUAGAACUGGCAAGAUACAUCAAGACCAGCGCCCACUACGAGGAAAAUAAAUCUCGAUGGACAUGCACAUCCUCCGGCAGCAGCCCUCAGUACAACAUCUGCGAGCAGAUGAUCCAGAUCCGCGAGGACCACAUGCGCUUCAUUUCGGAGCUGGCGCGCUACAGCAACAGCGAGGUGGGCUGGCCUUCUGGCUUUGGCCACCAUCGUGUGAGUCAGACCAGACGCCAGGCAUUUUGCAUGCAAUAUGGAACAGCUCUGCUCUUUUGGCUGCCGCAGUAUUCCUGGAAGCUUGUGCACCCCACCGACAAGUACUCCAACAAGGACUGCCCGGACAGCGCGGAGGAGUACGAGCGCGCCACGCGCUACAACUACACCAGCGAGGAGAAGUUCGCCCUGGUGGAGGUGAUCGCCAUGAUCAAAGGCCUGCAGGUGCUGAUGGGCAGGAUGGAGAGCGUGUUCAACCACGCCAUCCGGCACACCGUCUAUGCUGCACUGCAGGACUUCUCCCAGGUGACCCUCCGGGAGCCGCUGCGGCAGGCCAUCAAGAAGAAGAAGAAUGUCAUCCAGAGUGUCCUGCAGGCCAUCAGGAAGACCGUGUGCGACUGGGAGACGGGGCACGAGCCCUUCAAUGACCCAGCCUUGCGGGGCGAGAAGGACCCUAAGAGCGGCUUCGACAUAAAAGUGCCGCGCCGCGCCGUGGGACCCUCCAGCACCCAGCUUUACAUGGUGAGAACCAUGCUAGAGUCCCUCAUUGCAGACAAAAGUGGUUCCAAGAAAACCUUGAGAAGUAGCCUUGAGGGGCCCACCAUAUUGGACAUAGAAAAAUUUCAUCGAGAGUCAUUCUUCUACACUCACUUGAUAAAUUUCAGCGAAACGCUGCAGCAGUGCUGUGACCUUUCGCAGCUGUGGUUCCGAGAGUUCUUCCUGGAGCUGACCAUGGGCAGGAGGAUCCAGUUCCCCAUUGAGAUGUCAAUGCCCUGGAUCCUGACGGACCACAUCCUGGAGACCAAGGAGGCGUCCAUGAUGGAGUAUGUGCUCUACUCCCUGGACCUGUACAAUGACAGCGCCCACUACGCGCUCACCAGGUUCAACAAGCAGUUCCUCUACGACGAAAUCGAGGCCGAGGUGAAUCUAUGUUUUGACCAAUUUGUUUACAAGCUAGCAGACCAGAUAUUUGCAUAUUAUAAGGUUAUGGCAGGAAGUUUGCUUCUUGAUAAACGGUUACGAUCAGAAUGCAAGAAUCAGGGAGCCACGAUCCACCUCCCGCCGUCUAACCGCUACGAAACGCUGCUGAAGCAGAGGCAUGUGCAGCUCCUCGGCAGGUCGAUAGACCUCAAUCGUCUGAUCACGCAGCGUGUCUCAGCAGCCGUGUAUAAGUCCCUGGAACUGGCGAUUGGUCGAUUUGAAAGUGAAGAUUUGACCUCCAUAGUUGAGCUGGAUGGCCUGUUGGAAAUCAACCGCAUGACGCACAAGCUGCUGAGCCGGUACCUGACGCUGGACAGCUUCGAUGCCAUGUUCCGGGAGGCCAACCACAAUGUGUCAGCGCCCUAUGGGAGGAUCACCCUGCACGUGUUCUGGGAGCUCAACUACGACUUCCUGCCCAACUACUGCUACAACGGCUCUACCAACCGGUUUGUUCGGACAGUAUUACCAUUUUCUCAGGAAUUUCAAAGAGAUAAGCAGCCGAAUGCACAACCCCAGUAUCUGCAUGGAUCCAAGGCUUUGAACUUGGCCUACUCCAGCAUUUACGGCAGCUACCGGAACUUCGUGGGACCUCCACACUUUCAAGUCAUCUGCCGGCUCCUCGGCUACCAGGGUAUCGCCGUGGUCAUGGAGGAGCUGCUGAAGGUCGUCAAGAGCCUGCUGCAAGGCACAAUCCUGCAGUACGUGAAGACGCUGAUGGAGGUGAUGCCUAAAAUCUGCCGCCUGCCGCGGCACGAGUACGGCUCUCCCGGCAUCCUGGAGUUCUUCCACCACCAGCUGAAGGACAUCGUGGAGUACGCAGAGCUGAAGACGGUGUGCUUCCAGAACCUGCGGGAGGUGGGGAACGCCGUCCUCUUCUGCCUGCUGAUCGAGCAGAGCCUGUCUUUAGAAGAAGUGUGUGACUUGCUGCACGCGGCUCCCUUCCAGAACAUCUUGCCGCGAGUCCAUGUGAAAGAGGGGGAGAGGCUUGAUGCCAAAAUGAAAAGACUGGAAUCCAAGUAUGCCCCGCUGCAUCUUGUCCCGCUGAUCGAAAGACUGGGGACCCCUCAGCAAAUUGCCAUCGCGAGGGAGGGGGACCUGCUGACAAAGGAGCGCCUCUGCUGUGGCCUGUCCAUGUUUGAGGUCAUCCUGACACGGAUCCGGAGCUUUCUGGAUGACCCCAUCUGGCGCGGGCCUCUGCCCAGCAAUGGGGUCAUGCAUGUUGACGAGUGUGUGGAGUUUCACAGACUGUGGAGUGCCAUGCAGUUUGUCUACUGCAUUCCUGUGGGGACACACGAGUUCACAGUCGAGCAGUGCUUCGGUGAUGGGCUACACUGGGCCGGCUGUAUGAUCAUCGUACUUCUUGGGCAGCAGCGGCGUUUUGCUGUGCUGGAUUUCUGCUACCAUCUCCUUAAAGUCCAGAAACAUGAUGGCAAAGAUGAGAUUAUUAAAAAUGUGCCUUUGAAGAAGAUGGUGGAGAGAAUUCGCAAGUUCCAGAUUCUCAAUGACGAGAUCAUCACCAUCCUGGAUAAGUACCUGAAGUCGGGCGACGGGGAGGGCACACCAGUGGAGCAUGUGCGCUGCUUCCAGCCGCCCAUCCACCAGUCCCUCGCCAGCAGCUGAGGGCACGCGCUGCACUCCGUAACUCAACGUGGCAUGCCUUUCUCUCCGUCAGCUAUUGAGUGAGAUUUUUAGGGACUAUUUUUCAGUAUCUCUGUACCUGUUAAAGGGGGUGCUUUUCAAUCUAAAAGCUUAAUUUUAUAAAAUUAUUUUUCUAGACUAAAUUGUAUAUGCUUUUGGUAAUUAGGAACUCUGAGAAUACUGGCUGCUGAUUGUUGCCAUCACGUUCUUACAAAAUUGUUUUUCUAUGGGAUGUUCUGGCAGCUCUCUCUCAAAAUGCUGCUGUGUUCGUUCAUUCACUCAUUCCAUAAGAAACUUAAUACCAGCAAAUGUAUUAAAUCCCUUGCCAGUUACCAUUAACUCUAACUAUUUAGCUUUUGUUUAGGGAUCUUUCUGAUGGCCUUUUAUGAGCAGUCUUAGUUCUAAGUCAUUGUUCCCAUCCCUUUUUUGUGUCAGUGUUUCAGAAAAUAGUGAACUUGAUUCCUCUGCUUCCACUAAAUCCAGUUGUGACAAAAUCUAACGUGAGAUCAGAUCGAAAGGUUAUAGAAAUAAAACUAAUGAGAUCUA